AUGGCAAGUCGAGCUAUGAACGUGAUUCUGCGAUCGCAUCUGUCGACGUCGUCUCGGAUCGGAUGCGCGGCACGCAUCAACAAGAAUAUUUCGACGAAUGAAAGUUCGCCGAUUGUUUCCAAGUUCUCCGUUUCCGAAUUGGCGGACAAAGUGGCGUUCUGUCGCUGCUGGUUGAGCUCGAAGUUUCCAAAAUGUGAUGGCUCUCACGUGAAGCACAACACGGCGACCGGCGACAACGUCGGGCCUGUUGUUGUUGAAAAGCCGAAGAAAUGA